UGAAAUAAAACUUCCGAGAAUAUUCUAUGAAAUGAUGAAAAGCUCAUGGAAAUCGUUGAAGAAUUAUUGCAGUUUUAUUUCAUAACUGACUUUUGAUACAUAUUAUAAAUUAACUUAUGAUGCAACUUACAUUAUACGAAAUGAACAUCUUUGAAAAGUCUGCACAUCAGAUAAGAAUAUACUAAUAUCAUAUUAGUCUCAACUAAAGAUGUGAUUAUUGAUUACGUUUUUCGGCAUGAAAUAGAGCAUAUAUGUCAUAUUUGAAACCUCCAGUGUUGGUCGAGUCGAUGUUUAACAUUCAGAAAAUAUUACAAUUAGCUAUUUUCAUCAUGAAAAAAAAAACGCAUGAAGAAACUAAGAAAGACAACUUUUACAUCUGGAAAACGUCAAAAAAAUUUCUCGCAAUAUUUUUGAUAUAUAGGAACGCAUGAAAAAAUUCAUAUUAAUGUGCAAAACGCAUUAAAAAAUUGCAAUUUUUUAAAGAGCCUUCAGACACUUUUUUUUUUAAUGAUGAAAAUUUCUGGUUUUGAUAUUUUCUCAAUAAAUGUAAAAACAUUCAAGCGUUUAAACACAUUUUCAGAUGUUCUUGUCAGCUUAGGAUAUGCACUCACUAGAAAAUUAGAUUUUUUUUGGCAAUGACCAAUCUCUUUUUUCUUAAGAAGCAAAUCCUAGUCAAACUUGUUGUGGUCGGGACUGGAUCAUAUUAGAUUUCGUUCUUCUUUCUUUCUCCCCAGGCACCACUUCUAAUAUUCUGAGAAUUUUUAAUCGCUCCCAAGAUAUAGAUGUCUUUUCCAAUACUUCAUGAGACAAACGUCUUUUACAGAUAUAUUUGUUUAUUAAGAAUAACAUAAUCAUUCCGAAAUAGAUGUCUUUCUCGCCUACUCGAAUGAAACAGGUAAGAAAUAAUUUUUUUUCUAUUCUGUAAGUGGUUAAACACCAUAACCAUUGGGAUUCGAUAAAACAAAUAACAAUGAAUCGAUAUAUAAAAUAACCACGUAGCUUAAUCUAUUGUAAUAAUAAUAAUAAUAACAAAUGAUUUGGUUUUGCUUCGAUUUACGAUCGAUAGAAGGUCGUCAAAUAAUUCGUUAUCUGUAGUUCAAUAUCAAUCUGACUCAAUAAACUUGGCCACUAUUAUUUCGUUUUCUUCAUCUCAGUUGUUCAUGAAUUUAUAACUGAAUGAAUUAUUCACUUAUUAGCAAAAGAUCCAAUACAAAGAAUAAAUUAUCUUCACUCUUCAUUGGCGGAUUUUUAGUUUUCCAGUCAAGAAAUUUCAUAUUUAAAUCAUACACAAAUAUUCAAUACAUAUAGUUAUGUUCCUUGCUACAAGAAAACGAUCUCCAUCGGUAGGUAGUGAUGGAAUUCAAAUAAAGUUAGAAACAGUUUACAUUUAUAGAGAAAAUGAAAUAUGUAUUAUUUCAUUUUGAAAAUAAGUAAAAGACAUGUGAACUUGGAUAAUAAUAAAAUUAUAAAAUACAAAAUGAAAUGAUGUGUUUCAGAAUUUUCUUACUAUGUAAUAUUUAUAGACAACAAAAAAACAAACAAUCAUUGACAUUGAAGAGAUUCUCUUGUAAAUCAUUGAGCUGCAAUUAUGAAUACAAAUCUAAUUAUUAAUCUAUUUUCAAUUGUUAAACUUUGUUUUUCUUAAUUCUAUGACUUCUUAUCACUGACAUCUAUCGAUAGUAUUUGCUUGCCUUAUCGAGGUUAUGUUAGUUCAGAAAUGGUAGUUGUCAUAUGGUGUUUCAAUAAAAUUCUUCUGUUUUUUUUAGAUAAAUUUAACAGAUGAUUUUAUGAUAUCAUUAAUUAUUUGAUUGUGACAUCUGUUGGUCUUUUAAAUACCAACUUGCAGCGUACUUACGAAUAUUUUAUAAAUAUUUUCAAAGAAAUGGGUGGAUGUGUAAGUCACGAUAGGGACAACCAUCGACGACGAUCACAUUCAUCACGAAGUAGUGCAACAACUAGUGGAACUGUUGCUCGAAAUAAACCAUUAAACCGUUCAACUUGUCAUCCGAAAUGGAAAUCAGAUGUACCAAUUACUGAAAAUCAAUUACGUCGUAAACGAGAAGAAUAUUGGGAUACAGCUCCUGCUUUUGAAGGUCGUAAAGAAAUUUGGGAUGCACUUCGUGGUGCAUGUUAUGCUGUUGAACAAAAUGAUAUUGAUUUAGCUCAAUCAAUAAUUAAUUGUGCUAAUAUAUCACUUCCUCGUGGAACACUUCUUGAUUGUUAUGAUGAACUUGGUACACGUUAUCAAUUACCUGUAUAUAUUUUAUCAUCACCAACAAAUUUAAUUGAUAAUGAACCAAUAUCAAAUCAUGAUAAUGAAUCUAUAACAAGUGAUAUUGAUCUAACAGCAACAGCUAUUAUUGAUCGUGAACGUGAUUAUAAGGAUAAUCAUAAUUCAUCAAUAAUUAAUCAACAAUAUCAAAUAAUAAAAUCAUCAACAGAUAAUAUUCAUAAUCCCAUAGUACGUGAAAUAAAAAAACAUCGUCGAAAACAAAAAACAAAUAUUGAUUUAAAUGAUAAUGAAUCAUUAUCGAAUAAUACAACACCAUCACCUGUAUUAAUUAAUGAUCAACAAUCAAAUAUUGAAAUACCAAUUAAAUUUCGUUUAUCAAAUGGUAAUGAACAUCGAUUAUAUUGUAAACCAAAUGAAAAAAUUCGAAAUAUUAAAAGACGUUUAGCUAUGUUAGAAAAUGGAGCUUUUGAUUCUCAAACACAACGUUUAUUUUUUGGAGGAAAAUUAUUACAUGAUCGUACAGCUAUAUGUGAAACUCGUUUACAACGAAAUUUUGUUGUACAAGUUAUAUUACAAGAUCAACCAAUGCUACCAAAUGGUGCAAUUACAACAACAAGUCAUAUAACAGUUAAUAAUCAUAAUAAUUAUUCUAUACCUGUUGAAUUGCCAGAUUCUUCUAUAAUUGAACAAUUUUAA